AAACUUCAAGAAAAGUGACAACUAGCAACAUUCGUCAGAAACAGACUCAUAACUAAGAACAACCAACUGAACUAACAAAACAUGCCAAUCAACGGAUACAUGAGUGCAGCCGAGGUCCUUAUUGGUUGCCCUCCGCCCAAGAACGGACUUGCUCCCUGGGGCUUGAAGACGGCCCAGCCCAACACACCGCCGAUUGUUCCACCCAAGACACAAGCCGUCCCAACACCCAUCAGGACUCCUUCGAUCAACAUCAAACCAGCCGAUCCUCCCGUUCAAAGCUCGGAGCUUGUGGCUUCUGCUGCUGGUGCCCUCCUCGGCCUUCAGAACGAUCAGUCCCGGAUGUCUCACAAACAAGUCGAGCAACAUCGCAGGCUCAAGGCCAAGCAGUUCUUCGACGAGUUGCGAUGUUUGGUUCCCGCUGCGCGGGAUCCCAAGAACGACAGAAACAAGGUGCUGCAGUUGGCUAUCGAGUACCUCAAGGCUCUCAAGAGUGGUCAGGGUGACUGGCAUUCAUCUCAAUUUAGAGCCAACGAGCAUGCUGCAAGAGAUGAUGGGAAUGGCGAGUUGAUGUUCGAGAUGGACCCGGAAAACGACAAGGUCAAACCCGCCGAUGCCGAUGACAAGUCCAAGAGCUCCGAGCUUUCGGAAACGGACAAGCGAUUGAGCCACAAUGAAGUGGAGCAGCGCAGAAGAUUUCAGGCGAAGAUCCUCUACGAUGAACUUCGUUCUCUCAUUCCUAACUCGAGCAAGUACGACAAGAACACAGUCUUGUUCUACACCAUCCAGACAAUCAAGCAGCUCUCGGGAGUCUCCGAAGAAUCCUUGGCCAAAAUGGUGCAGGAUCUCGGCAACUCGGAAACAGAGAUCGAUGAAGACCAGAAGCCUUCCGGCCUUGCUCACGACAUGCAUUCCGACAAGUCCUUGCCAGUGUCCGAGUCUCCGACAGACAUUGCUUCGUUUGCAGAAACCCUGUGGGGGUCAGGGCAGCGAAGGGGCCAGAAGAGGAGCAACGCUGUCAUCAAGGAGGAAUCUGAGUCAGACUGCAACCUGGAAGAGCUGGAGAGGGGAUCGGACUUGUCAACGGUAGCAAACCUCAACACUGAGAAGAAGAGGAUAAGGAAACUGAGUGAAGACUCCACCUCAUCUCUCAAGGGCUCGCUGCCGACUAGCCGCGUUGCCUCGUCGUCAGGCAAGACUGAGUCAGACGACGACGGGGACUGCUUGAACGCCCUGAGCCUCCUCUCAGAAUGUGCCUUACAGGUGCAAGGGUCCGAGCCCAACACGCCUGUACAGGGACCGAGGGGGGGCAAUUGGGGAGAGGGCUCUCUGCUGAGAUCCCUGCCGACGCUGAGGCUCUCGGCAUCUGAGAGCAAAGUGCUUGCUCGUUGA